AUGGCACCAGAAGCAACCACCAACGGACACGAGAUCACCUUAGAGAAGGGCCAGACAAAUGGGGCUCGCAAGAAGGGUGGUAUUCGUACCUUGCAAAAUGCAACCAAGAAGGAUCAACGACUCGUGGCAUUAUCACUGAUUGAAGAGAAGUUGCCCAAAAUGGCGCCUCUCAAGGCUGUCCUCAGUGUGGACAUUGGGCUCGACGACGGGCCCAUCUAUAUUGACGCACGCAAUGAACCCACCAUUGUACGCGAGAUUGACUGCGAGCCGAACUCCAGCCUGAAAGUCAAGCCCGAGUACAUCCAGCUAUUUGUGGAAGGCAAGCUUGAGCCACGGUAUGGCUUGUUCAAAGACGGCUUUUUUGACCACACAACGUUGCCCAAAGGAGAAAUCAAGGUUGCGGUGAAGUUCGCUGAUUAUCUGUGUCCCAAUGUACCUGUGCAUCCUCAGAUACCAACUGGUCGCAAGCUCCCAAGUCCUACCGAAGACUUGGAUCAAGUAAUGGCUGAUAUUCAUGAAUUUGGAUAUGGACUGGUCAAGAACGCACUGGACUCCGAACAGAUUAAGACGCUCAGAUCAGCCGUCGAGCAGCAAGGCCGUGGAGAAGCUGAAGCUGGCGUGGCUAAGAAGGACGGUGGUCCACACGCUCCGAACCAGCGAAUCUGGACACUCAUCAACAAGGGCCAGGAAUUCCAUGAUCUCCUCGAGCACCCAUUGAUAGACGAGGUGGUUCCUGAACUACUCGGUGAGCACGCGCUUCUCCACAGCUACAGCGCCAACAUUGCCCGGCCAGGCAACGUGCCUAUGAUGCUGCAUACCGACCAAGUGGCCAUUCAGCCACCAUUGAGGAGCAUUUUCUACGGCCUCAACAUUAUGUGGUUCCUCACGGACAUUACGCGGGAGAAUGGCGGCACCAGAAUCUUCCCAGGCAGCCACGUUGGACAUGUCGCGCCAGACGACCCAUUCAACAUCGACGGAACCCUUGCCGCAGAAGGCCCUGCUGGGACAGCCUUGGUCUUCGAGAGUCGUCUGUGGCACGCUACGGGCCCAAAUGAAAUGACCUCAGGCGAGCGACCUGUCAUUCUUAUGUUUUUCAUGCGAUCCUUUAUCAGACAGCAGGAGAACAACUUCUUGUCAAUCAGACCGGAGGUGGAAGCUACUAUGUCAGACAAAGUCCGGAAGCUUCUGGGAUACUGUACGACUGGUGCAUUAGGUGGUGUGGAGGGCGAAGUACGUGAGGGUAUCUUUGUGGAGAGGCUCAAGAAUCCUGUUGGCCCUUUCAGAGAUACACACAAGCACACGCAUUAUAGGCAGGGUUUGCAAGCUUCGUAG